CAAACCGUAGUUCGGUAUAAGUAGAGAAUAACUGUAUCGAGAUUGGCCCUGAAUUUAUACAUACCCCAUUGUGUGUGACUGCGACUAAGUUAAAUGUGUAUUUGCUAAAUAACCCUGUUUUUCAGUUAGUUUUCAUACCCUUCCAGUUAAACAUUUAUUCUGAUACAAGUAGUGAGUGAUUAAAUCUGGGGGAAAGGUGUAUUAAGAUAAAAUUAUAGAAAAAGUGACAGUGUAAUUAAUAGAGGGCGAACAAAUUUAUGCCCUAAUUUCUGAACAUAUAUCCCUAUUUGGACGCAAACUAGACACGCGAUUUUACAUGGUGAUUGAACCCGCUGUCUAUUAGAACAUUUGAUGCAAGUUACCAAAUUCAUAUGAAUACUAUAUCUAACAAUAACAUUGAAUUUAACAUUGAGUAUUGUGGUGGAUGCAAUUUUGAACUUGAUCGAUCACUCUUAUGAUAUAACUAUGAAUGUAAUGCACUAAAUGGAUCGGUUGGUGUAACGCGUAUCCCAGUUUGUAUGAGGGUGGGUCGGCGAACCUGCCAGUGUGAGUGUGGGUAGGAUCGCAGUGUAACAGUGAAUGUGAUGUACCUUUAGCUUGUAUGUGGUAAAGUUGGCGAACUUACUGGUGUGAAUGAAGAUUUGAAAGACUCGAAUCGUGUGAAUGAGGUACAUCUGAUAUUAGUCGGCGUACUGAAUAUCAUUUUGAAUGAUCUACGGAUAAAAUAACAGGCCAAUAGAUUUAAGGGACCUGUGUUACAUUGGAUGGUUACCGAGUGAAUGUAGUGCAUUGGAUAUCAGGUUGGUGUAACGCUGAUACCAGGUUUGUCUGAUAGGAUUAUAAAGAUCCGGGUUAUAUUGUUAAGAGUUGGGAAAGGACUAUAGAGAUAUAAUAUUACAUAAAAAAUUUUUUUUAACUAAGCCCAAAUUUAUAAUAUUAUUGAAUCCGAUUUAUACUACAAUUGAUCAAAUUUACCGGUGAAAUGGCUAAUCGGGAGGUUGAAAAAGUGUUGAAAACAUUGAAGUCAACAUUAGAAACUAAUGGAGGAAGAGAGGCAAAACAUUUUUUUUUUUAUAGAGAAUGGACUGAGGGCAGCAUUGCCUCACAUAGCGGGCUCCCAGUCGACGGGGAGCCCGGAAGAAUACUGGAGACUCUGAAAACACCAGUGAAAUGUAACAGAAAGUUAAGGUAUACUAACAUUCCAGUGGAGCUGAUUUAAUGUUAAAGGGACAGUACACGUUUAUCACUGUAGGGUCUGUGUCUAAAGGCAGGGUACUCCUAUCAACCAUUAAGGAAAUUUAAAACUAAUGAUUUGAGGGUGUACAAUAUACUUAUUAUAAUUGCUAGGUUUUGUUUGUAGUAAACGUUUGGGUUAGAGGGGAUUUCUAAGUUUCCCAGCGAAAAAAUAUCUUAAAGGGAUACACACACAUAAGUGGUGGUAUGAAUUCUAAGGUGACAUUUGAAUGGAGAAUCUAAGGUCAUUGGCGUCUGAGUUUAAGGUAAUUUGAUACAAUAAGGUGGCGAAAUUAAUAUUGGUGGGGUUGAUAGGAUCGAGAUAACCUAUGUAAGGACUUUAGAAAUUGCCACCAUAGACAUGUUUUUUUUGUUUGUUUGUUUUGUAAUUCCAUGGGUUCAGAUAACAGUGAGACACUUAGUUCAUGUUUGGGACCAAGCUACAGACAGAUAAGGGAAAGGGCAGACAGAGGGGCCCUCCCCACACUGCUGAGACCUUGAAGGUUGGGAGCAGAGAGAUAGGAGUGACACAGACUGGGUCACGGUUACUGAGGGGAGACAGAGGGAAUGAAAACUUAGUUGGUUUCAGGAACUAAGGGGCAGCACAGAUAACUCUUAAAGUAGAUAAGACACUUGACAGAGAAUUGUUAGAUUUGCGCCAGUAUUGAUACAAGGGCGGAGCCAUGUAUCAAAAGGGGGAUGUAAUAGGGCACUUUGUGGUGUGGCCUAUUAGUUAAAUAUCCCUAGAGUUGGUUUGCUAGGAUAAUAAUGGAUGACAUUCUAGCUAAUCAAAUAGAACAGAUAGAAUGACAGAGGUUCUAGCAGAACACAUUAAAAGACUGUUAAUUAACCAAACCCGUAUGUCCAAGAUUUUAUGCUCUACAGGAGAACUACAGGAGGAGAUUACCCACAUGAUUGGGCCAGGGGACUGGGUCUAGGUCCAAUCACUAAAGAAAAAAGAACUACCUGGGUUCAUAUCACACAAUGCGGGAGGGUAAGACACACUGACACUGCCAAACUAUCACAGAGUUAAGGAGAAGAACCGUAGCUAAUAAAGUUCGAGGGUCAACUCCUUAACGAAGUUUUCCCUGACCCCGCCCUCUCAUCACUGUGUACGUUCAUGGAAGUGAGGCUUGGCCUCUGGCUGAUGUUGUGUUCUCUGGGAGAGGAUGGGGCUUUACAGGACUGCUGGUUGUCCUGAGCUGUCUGAUUGGGAUACGAUGGGGAUGGUUACCAUCACAGUGCUGCCAAAACCACCACCAGUUCCAACAGGCCAAGGCCAGGUUCAGCCGAACUCCUCCACCACUUCAAGACCAAGUCCCACACCAUCACCUAGCUUCUCCAAUCCAGUACAGGUAAUAAAUGUAAAGGAUAUCUCAGAUAGCGACCAAUUGGGAACUGAAACUGGCUAAGAGGGUAGGGAUAAUAUGUGGCUAGCCUAUAUGAGGUAUACAGCCAAAACACUUAAACAGAAAAGACUGUGUGAUCUGUGGACAUGCUAGACUUGUUCUGGCUACUCACCCAUUUGCCCUAAGCAGCGGGGAAGGUUGGAUGUGCAUAUUGGAGGGUUUUUACCAUAACAAGCCAAAUUCGACCCUGUGUAAAACUCUGAGUCUUGUGUUCCCAGAAGUCCCUCCCCAGAAUGCCCCGUGGGGGGUUAAGGCAUAUGGGGGAGAUUACAGCUGUAUUACUUGUACAGGUAGGGGUAUAAAUUAUGGGAGGCUCCCUAUUGCUGACUGCAUCACUAAUGUCACUAUUAACUAGAGGUGUUGCUGAUGUAUGGUGGAUGUGUGGACCUGCCAGGCGGUUGACCCCUAUUCUGAAAGGAGACUGGCAGGGCACAUGUGCUUUGGUCAGUCUGAUAACACCAUUGACUAUUAUUGAGGUUACAGCUAACCAACUCCUGGGAUCUGCACAUGACACAGAGGCUCGGAACCAACCCAGGAGAUGGCAGAAACGUGACGCUCCUUGGUCCGAGGGUACAGAUAACAUCCACACCAACCUGUUGGGGGUCCCAAUAGGGGUACCCCACGAAUUUCAGGCAUUAAACAGGAAUGAUGGCCUGUGGCAUUUGUUGCCCAUUAUUGGCCCAGCUAUUGUUGAUGCUAAGCAAACUGCCUGGAUCAAUUAUAUCUACUAUAAUCAACAACGAUUUGUUAACUACACCCACACCGCACUUACGGGAAUGGCUGAACAAUUGGAUGCCACCUCUCGAACCGCUACACAAAAUAGGCUAGCACUAGACAUGAUUCUGGCCAACCAGGGAGGUGUUUGUAAAAUGUUUGGGGAACAAUGUUGUACAUUUAUCCCUAACAAUACCAGUCCUGGUGGGAGCAUUUCAAAAGCUCUGGGCGGGUUGGAGGGGUUAUCUGUGGAGAUGAGGGGUUUUGCAGGUGUGGAGGAGGGGGGACUGUUCUCCUGGCUGGGUGGCUGGUUUGGUGAGUAUACUGCAUUGAUGGUUACUGGAUUUCUGACCCUAAUAGUUGUAUUUCUUAUAUUAAUGUGCUGUGCUGCAUGUAUUAUCCCCRGUUUGAGGAAAUCUUUUACAGAUGUUGCGCACGCUGCAGUUAUGAUGCCACUGCUUGCUCCCGGGGGGGAUACUGAGACUGCCUUGACAGAGGAUGAUCCAUGGUUUGCUAUAAAAUAAUUAAAAUUGCUUAUUUUUAGUUUAAUUCAUUGCUUUUUGUUUCACAAUAUAUCCUUGUAAUCAUUUACCCUGUAUGUUGUCCUACCUUAUGUCAAGGUUUAAAUUUCCUGGGUGGGAGGUAGCCAACCUAGUACCUGUUAGGUGUAGCAGGGUAGACUAGAGGGUUUUUAUUCUUUAUACAAUAAAGGUGUGUUUCUUUUAAUCUUUGUAUUCUGAGUGUGGCACCCUAAAAGGGUGUCAAAAGGAGGAGUCGAAAUGCAACUUAGCGUAUAUCAUUUGUUGAUU